AUGUUAAAUCACCGUUUUCGCGAUCAACCUCGGAUGAUGCGCAUCGUGCCUACAAGAAAACAACUAGAGAACCGCAAAGCUUUCCUCGUUCGACAAUCUCCGGACGGGUGGGAUGUGACGAGUCAUGCUUCCUUCACUGCUUGGGCUAGUACUCGAGUCUGCUCGACUCGUGCGCAGUUCGAAUCUGUGACGGACGCGGCCGACAGACGGAUGGAUGACAUGCUGGUGCUUGAUACCUUCACUUUUGAGGGUCAAGCCGAAGGGGAGGGGAUAUCAUUCGGUGCUGUGAGAGACCAAGGUGAAGAGCUCGUGUGUGCAACUGACGGCACGUACAAACUCCAUUUUGGCGGGUGGACUGUUGUGGACUGUAGCUCUACAGCUGUGACUUGGGCGCGCGGGACGAGUGUUCACCGCUUCAUUCCCUGGGCGUACAUAUUCGUCAGAAGCGAGUCUAUUGCUUCGUACGAACGCAUUGAGACCUGCCUUUGGCAGUCUCGACCAUUCGGAAGCUAUUGCAUCUGUGUUUCAGCAAGUUUGGCCUGA